AUGCAUAACCCCAGCUAUAAGAUCUUGGUACUCAUUUUCCAUCUUGCUCUAAACGGAGGAAAAGUUUGCGAAGAUGGGUACAUAUCUGAUAUCCGUCAUUCAAAGUGUAACACUGAGAAUGAAGAUCCCUUUAAAUCACCUUCAGGGUGCCCUGUCGAAGACGAGACUUUCGAUCUGAAGAUCAAUAAACUGCCCCCGUUAUCCCCAUUUAUAUCUCAACCUCAAUUUAUUUACGGAGAUCCCGUGUUUAUCAUCCCCAUAUAUAAACAGAUCGGACUGAGCAGUGGGCGUGCCCGUGAUGGUUUGGCGUAG